AUGGGUUCCUACGAGGCCGACUCAUCCCGCUGCUUCACUCUUCUCGCCCAGAAACUCCCUUCGUGGCUUACUCGAGUUUCCGACCUAGCUGCCCAUACCACCGCAAAACAGGAAGAAUUCAAGGCCGAUUAUACUAAAUAUGCAAGAAAGGAUAGAAAAUCCCGUAUGCGAAAAGGGAGCUCCCUCCACACAAACAGACCUGAUCUUGAAGGCUCGUCACAUUCACUCAAAUCGUCAUCAGGCUCGGGUACCUCACAAAUUGACAGCCUGACCCGUAUGAAACUAUUAAAACCAGGGGAUAUAAACCAGAAAAAACGGAUUGACGAUUGCUCUGGAUCACCCAAUGAUACUGACCGACAUCUUCGCCCUCGCCGUCAAUUCAUUAUCCACUAUGACUGCCAAACCCAAACUGCGUUAGAAAAGCUAGUACGAGAGAUAGGCGGGGCAAGAAACCACAUCCGAAAAGGUAGAAUGGUUUACAUGAUGAAAUCCAGUAUGGAAAUGAAGCCACUUCCGGAGGGCUUUCCGCCCGAUGAUGCGAUGAAGCCCAUAUUUAGAAGCACCAGACAAAUCACAAGACCUUUACCCGGUGCAAAGAAUUCCCCAUUUGAUUUGGCGGAUACAUACUUAGAAAAUGCCCAGGCGCUAUGCGAAGCAGCCGCCCAUCAAUUCUUGCGCAGCGGGGAUUGUUCAAAAGAGUUGGACCGGACAAGACAAAAGCUCAAAUUAGCAUUGGAUCUAGCGGAGAUUGAAACCGAAAUUGAAGCAGAGGCAGAGGCUAAAGCUGAAAUGAAGGCCAAAGUGAAAGCAACUGAGAAGGAAAAGGAAAAGGGAAAGGAGGCUGGGAAGGAAGUCGAAUUUGAAAAAUUAACGUCAGACGUCGAUAUCAAGGCCACAAUACCGGGAAAGGAUCUGGAUGCCCCGAGGCCUGCCAUCGAAGUCGAUGAUGCUUCCGAUGUCUCCUCUAUAUCUAUUGACAUAACGGCGUUUCGAGCUUCCAGGUUCAAGCGAUAA